GCGCAGAUGAGUUAGAUGGGGAAAAAGAAAGAAGAGCUUGUCUUGGAAAGUGGGAGCCGCAUAGAGAUGGUUGACGUUGACCAAGUUUGCUCUUCAUCUCCAAACUCUGCCACAACGACUUUGAACAGGGAAAUACGAAUCGUAUCUAAAGCUCUUCGUAUUGAACAGAAUGGAAACUUUUGAAAUAAGAUUGAAUAGCAUUGAAGAUCAAGUAGCCUCGAUUUUGUACCACUUAGGAAAAGAUGAGGAGAUGAUGAGCCACGAGAGUUAUAGUGAGAACUCUGCCAUCAAUUUAUCCACCACACAAACAAGUCGAGGGUCCUCAUCAGCUGCUAAUGGAACUGGAGAUUCAGAAGAUAGUCAAAGCUCAAACAAAACUGUCGGUAAAGGCUGUGAUGGUGUGACAGAUUCAACACCCUUAAACUCUGCUGCACAACUUUUGAUGGUUCCUCAUCAAAGUUCUAUGCAAAAGUUUUUAUCUCCCACCCAAAUACAACAGUUCCUGCAACACCAAGCUCUCUAUUACCAAAGGCAGCAACAUCAACAACAACAACUGAAGCAGCUGGAAUCCUUUAUACCUCAUUUGCAAGAACAGCUUCAAAUUAACAUGCUUCAACAAAAUCAAGUAUUACAACAAUUAACAAGUUUGCCCAUGGAAAUGAAUUCUGAGAAAGGAUCUCGUCAUCAAUUGCAAGCUCAGUUACAACAACUUUCUGCUCAACAACACCAAUUGAUACAACAACUCCAACAGAGUCAUCGACAGUAUUUUAUGGCUUCGACUCCUUACAAUUCCAAUGCUGCUCACGAUGAAAAGCCAGAUUCCAAUGCCACUUCAUGGAAAAAUAAUGAAGAACCAAAUAUAACAAAUGGCAAUCAUCAUGGUCCAACACCUCAACUACAAAAUGGCCAGCAAAAUGUUAUAUCACCUUCUAUAACUCCACCAUCCAGUCGUAGAACAGCUACUCCUAAAGAAGACCCACAAAAUCAUCUUCUUUUUGGACAUGGUGUAUGUAAAUGGCCAGGAUGCGAAACUUUCUGCGAUGAUUAUCAAGAUUUUCUUAAACAUUUAAAUCAUGAACAUCAGUUAGACGAUCGAAGCACAGCUCAAGCCCGUGUUCAAAUGCAAGUAGUCUCUCAACUGGAAAUGCAGCUAGACAAAGAGAAAAAUCGGCUUCAAGCCAUGAUGGAACAUUUGCACAUGAAAACUACUUCAUCUGGAAAUUUAGACAUGGGUAACUUAAAUAACAAAAAUUCAGGUAAUUUGAAGUUUCCAACCUCCAAAGCAGUUCAUCCACCUCAUCCGUUAAAUCUACUUCCUUCAUGUAAUCAAGUUCCUUUAUCAAUGUCAUCAUCUUUACUAAACAUUCCAUCAAGACUUCUUCCAUCACUUAAUCAACCUUUACUCCCACCUCCACCCUCUGGACCUAUGCGUAGGAGGCUCAGUGAUAAAGGCUAUCAUCAUUCCAUACCUGAAUCUCAUGGAUUUCCAGAAAUUCCGGUUCGUCGAAGGGCAGCUGAACGAGUAAAUUUGGAUAUAACUGAAGAAAUAACAAGGAAUCGGGAAUUUUAUAAAAAUGCAGAUGUCCGUCCUCCCUUUACUUACGCUUCACUCAUAAGACAAGCCAUUAUUGAAUCUCCAGAAAGGCAGCUAACUUUAAAUGAAAUAUACAACUGGUUUCAAAACACAUUUUGUUAUUUCCGAAGAAAUGCAGCUACGUGGAAGAAUGCGGUUCGACACAACCUCAGCUUGCACAAAUGUUUUAUGCGAGUAGAGAAUAUAAAAGGGGCAGUGUGGACAGUGGAUGAAAUAGAAUUCUACAAGCGCAGACCGCAAAGGUUACAAGAGAGAAUUGGGACUCUAUCUUUGGGCUUGCAAGAUGGCCAUAGUCCUACAAACAACAAAGUGUAUCCAGAUCCUUUAAAUACGUCCCAAACUAAUUCAGAUAAGAUGCCGAACUAUUCAAGUAUUACUUCAAUGAAUAACAAUGUGAUACCUCCUUCAUGUCGUGGCAUCCCAACCACAGGAAAUAUCACUUCUUGCGCCAUAAGCGAUGCAGAAAGUUUUGUUUCCAAUCUUGUAUGUCAUGGAGUAGACAUAACAAAUAGUGAACAAAGAAAAAUCCAUGUAAAACAAGAACCACCUCAAGAAGACAUGAAUGAUGGAGGAGACAGGUAUUUGGUUGAAGAACCAGCUGAAGGUAGUGGAUCUGAUGAAGCAGAAGACUUAUCUACACCACAAAAUAGUGGAUGCAUAAACAGUCAAUCCUCAAGUUCAAGACUGUCUUUAAUUAGACCAAACUCUAAAUGAAACAAUUCAUUUUAUUUUAAUUACUGUCCCGUAUAGUUAACACUCAUAAUCAGGUGAUAUCAAAACCUGUCUGCCAAAAAAAUCAUCUUCAGUCUUCUAAGGAAGUAUUUAUUUACUGCAUUACUUAAACUACUGUUGACAUUAUACAAACUGUCUUCGGAAUACAAAAGAGAGAAACAACUUAAUCAUAUUUCAAUAUGUGUUUCCAGUCCAGAAAACCUUUUGAUAUACCAUGCUGUUUUAGUUAAUGACUCAAUGAGAUACUAGUUCAUAUGUAGAUUGUUCUAAAUCAUGCCAGUUACAUGAUGAUAUGACAUAGUUUUGUUUUAUCUUAGAUAGAAAAAUCUUGUGAUCUAAGUAAAAUAGAGAAAAUGGU